GGCCUACACGCUGUCGGCGGACGGCACGGAGCCGCACUGCCUAGAGGGUUCCGUGUUGGAUUGGCUGUCCGGCUCGGGUGUGAGCUGGCUGCAGGCGGGGCUGCUGAGCGACGUGGAGCGGCUGCGGCCCGAGGCGCUGCUGGACACCGACUUCAUGGCGGCGGGGCUGGCGGCGGGGGAGCGGACGGGCGCCAACAUGGCCAUGGAGGUGCUGCCCGGAGAGUGCGAGCGGCAGGCGCGACUGCUCGACUCCCUCGUGCUCGCACGCAGCGCCCGCACCAGCAGCAGCACCGCCGCUGCAGCCCCCACCUCCACCUCCAUGCCCACCAUCCCCACCAGCCCCGCGUCCUCCCGCGCCGCCUCCGCUUACAGCAGCAGCGGCGGCGCCUCCUCCUCCGAAGGCGGUAGCAGCAGCAGCAGCCGCAACAGCAGCCACGGCGGCGGUGCGGGCAGCUACGCUCCGCCAUCCGCC